ACCACAAAAUCACGGAAGUGUACAAAGUACAAGUAGAUGAGAUAAGUAAACACAACAUGUCAGCCGAAGUGUUACAAGAAAUCAAAGACAAAUUCGAGGGAGAAUGGAAAGUAGAUCGUAGUGAAUGCUUUGAAGAUUUCCUUCGAGAAGUUGGAGUGAACUUUUUCAUCCGUAAGAUGGCUAGUAUGGCGAAACCAGUUUCCACUGUAAAGGUAGACCUAGAGGAAGAGAGAAUUACUGUCGCAAUGAAUGCUGGUUUCAUGGUUAAAGCGGAUACAUAUAAACUUGGAGAAGAGUUCGAAUCGGAGCACCAGGAUAAGAAGAGUAAAGCAGUUGUUAUAUAUGAAGAUGGUAAACUAGUCCAAAACAACACUCCAGAAGAUACGAACAUAAAACCAACAAAAGCAACACGAGAAAUUGUGGGGGAUGAGAUGCUACUGACAAUGUAUGUCGGUGAUGUUGUCUGCAAAAGGUAUUUUAAACGAACACCAAAAUAAAACAACAUGGACUGUGGUGGACUUGUUUCAUAACGACUGGAUAUUUUUGAGCUAAAACAUGUUUUUAGUAAAACGAAAUGGCACAGGUUAAUUAAAUACUCGUGUGAUUUUACAUUUAGUGAAAAAAAAACAACAACUGGAAAACUAUAGAUUUUAGCUAUAACUAUAGAAAACGACGGUGAACUAACACGGGUACAGUGUAUCGACAGCUACAUCAUUCAGUUGAAGCAUAAUAACAUUUGUUUCAUCCAACCUAACAUAUUUUAAGUGCAAUUAGUCGGAUCGUUUAUUGAUUUAUGGUUGUGUAUUUUGUAGCUUGUUACUGUUGUUUAUACAGAAUUAUUUGUUGUUAUAUUAUUAGUUAUGUCCAUGUCCACGAAUUUUUACAUUCUAAAUGAUAAAUGUUUUAUUAUUUUGUAUCUGGUCAUAAGUAUAUGCUGUGCAUUAGCGAAUAAAAGCAUACUCAUCUUUUCUCUCAGCAAGACAGAUGCGUGUAAUUUGAAAUGAUAAUUGGAAAAUAGAUUUAUGAUAGCCUGACCUUUAUAUACAACAUGUAUCCUGUCAUCAGCUGUCAUCAUUUGCAUGAUCGUCGGCAUUCGUAACGCAUUAUAGUAGCCAUUAUACAUUAUAAAUACAUGCGGUUCAUGAAGUGCCGAUAAAAUUUCUGUAUUUGGUUGUUGAUUGUUUUAAUUAAACGUUAUCUUGCUAUGUAAUUGAAUGAAUUGUCCAUAAUCAUUUUAUCAUGACAUUGAAUAAAAUGGUUGCUGGUUAUAUACAAGUUAUAUUAAAAUUGAGAGACGCUGUU